GCUACAUAUUUGUGAGGCUGGAACAGCUGAGAGUUUGCACUCCAGCCCAGGGCUCAGACUAGGAAGGAUCCCUCUCCCUGCAUCUUCUGUCAAGUUCUCUCUGUCACCCUAACCCCCCACACAAGCAGCAGCCAUGGACGCCAUCAAGAAGAAGAUGCAGAUGCUUAAACUGGACAAGGAAAAUGCCUUGGACAGAGCAGAACAGGCUGAAGCAGACAAGAAGGGAGCAGAGGAGAAGAGCAAACAGUUAGAGGAGGAAAUCGCCCAACUGGAAAAGCAGUUGCGGGUGACUGAGGAUACCAGAGAUAAGAUUAUGGAUGAUUUUCAUCACGCUGAAGAAAGCCUCUUGGCUGCCGAGGAGAAGGCCACUAAGCUGGAGGAUGAACUUGUAGCAUUGCAGAAGAAACUAAAAGGUACUGAGGAUGAGCUGGACAAAUACUCUGAAGCCCUGAAAGAUGCCCAGGAGAAGCUGGAACUUGCAGAGAAGAAAGCCACUGAUGCUGAAGGAGAUGUAGCCUCAUUGAACAGGCGCAUCCAGCUGGUAGAGGAGGAGUUGGAUCGUGCUCAGGAGCGUCUGGCCACAGCUCUUCAGAAACUGGAGGAGGCUGAGAAGGCUGCAGAUGAGAGUGAGAGAGGUAUGAAGGUCAUUGAAAACAGAGCCCUGAAGGAUGAAGAGAAAAUGGAACUGCAAGAAAUCCAGCUGAAAGAGGCCAAGCACAUUGCUGAGGAGGCUGACCGCAAAUAUGAAGAGGUUGCUCGUAAGCUGGUGAUCAUUGAGGGUGACCUGGAACGUGCAGAGGAACGUGCUGAACUUUCAGAAAGCAAAUGUGCCGAGCUUGAGGAGGAAUUGAAAACUGUUACCAACAACCUGAAAUCUCUGGAGGCCCAGGCAGAGAAGUACUCCCAGAAGGAGGACAAAUAUGAAGAGGAAAUUAAGGUUCUCACAGAUAAACUGAAGGAGGCUGAAACACGUGCCGAGUUUGCAGAGAGGACAGUAGCCAAGUUGGAAAAGACCAUUGAUGAUUUAGAAGAAAAAGUGACACAUGCUAAGGAAGAAAACUUAAAUAUGCAUCAGAUGUUGGACCAGACACUGCUGGAAUUAAAUAACAUGUAAAAUACAUCAGUCGCGUGUUCCUCAGCUUGGUUUUCUGAAGUCCCUGCUUGUCAAUAUUUUUGCUCUUUUGAGUGCAAGUGGAAUCAGCCCCUUGUUUUUGUUAUUGCUGAACCAUUCUAGCACUCAAAGGCUUAUAUAAAAAAAAUCUUUGGGGGAGAACGAAUGGGAGGGUUAGGUUUAUUUGUAUUUUUUUUUUAAUUUAUGCAGCCUAUAGAAUGGGUUUCAUUCUACCCAUGGAAUUAAAGUGGGGACUGGGACAAUGGGUGAUCUGAAUACAAUCAGACAUGGUGCCAAUUAUACAGAGCCUCUUGUUAAUGACCAAAACAAUUGCACAGGUAUAAACCAUUUAUUUUAUGUCUAUAAAACAGCAUGGGGUUUUUUUUUGUAUUUUUUUUUUUUUUUAAAUAUUUGCCAUAAAUUCUGAUAAAACAGGAUCUCCUCACCUCUGUCACAAUAGGGUUUUGUUGAAAAUUGUUUUCCAUUUCUUAGACAAAUCUAUGCAACAUAAGCUUUUUCUGUAGCUUUCUAUUACAAUGUAAAAUUGAAAGUAUUUCAUUCAAAUGUCAUGUUUUCUGUAGCAACAUAAUAUAUGUGGGGUGGCAGAGGAUAAAGUGGUGGUGGACAGAUCAACCCUACUUUGUGUUUUGAUAGUCUUUCUGUGGUUGUUUAAAGUAGAUGCAAACAUGGAUUUUUUUGGAAAGACAAUUUUUGAUAUAACUCUUUUUCAUAAAGGCAAAUGGUAAAUUUACAUACCAAGGGAAAUCAUGUACAGUAUGGUGUUGGAGGCUCAACCUAGAGACCACAGAAAAUCCUAAAGUACUUGACAAAGCUCAAACAGUUGUUUUCAAAAACAAUUCUUUUUAAAGAUUUGUCUUAUUUAAAAUAUGCAGUGCUUUUUAGGAAUUGGAGCUGGUUAAAAAGUGGUGUAAAUUUAUAUUUUGAUGGUUCAAGACAAAAAAAUUCAGAUCCUUUAUCGGCAAAGUUUACAGCAUGUUUUCUUGUAUGGUCUAGCAUUUCCCUGUACUAUUUUGUUUUGUUUCUGAUCCAGUGGUUAAAAUAAAAAAAAUCAGAUAAACCCAGAAUAAUUUAAACUUGGGAGAAAUUAGCUAUCUGUUUUGGAUAUAAAUUUUUUGCGAAGCCUCACUUUUUUAUUUUUACACUAGUUUUUAAGAUUACAACCAAAAAUGUACAACAUUGUAACAUGAAAUAAAAUGCACACUUGAAAUUUUUCUAUA